UACUGGCAGUAGGGCGAGGCCAUGUGAACUUCUCGGUGUCCGGUCCAGCAAGUCUAUUCAUUGAUAUGAAAAUUAGUGAGUCAGAUAUGAUAUGGUUGUAAGUUGCUACACAAGUUCUGCUAUAGAUGAAUUUUCUCUUACCCUGUAGAAAAGGUUCUUAGCUAUCACUUUCUGGUUCUAUAUCACUUGUUGCAGGAAACCUGACUUGGUUGUAUACACUGUGAAUUGAGGAUGUCAGCUAAUUUCCACGAAAUUUUACUUUAAAUUGUUCGUUUUACAGGCUUAUCUCACAUCUUUGAAUUUGAUAAAUAUGUGAUAAUAUGAAUAGAAGAAAUUCAGUGGACAUGUUGUCUGAAUAUUAUAAAAGAAAUAGCAGAUGACUUGAGCAGGUCUCUGAUAUGACAAAAAGAAAGAAAGAAAGAAACUAUCAGUCUAUUGUGAUUUGGAUAAUUAGUGUUAUCCUCUUUAAAUAACUUCAAAUUUAACUACAACUUUAUAGUUGAUAGAGCAGUGGGGUCAUAAUGUUUCAUAGAAAUUAAUAAUGGUCAGUUAGGCCUGUAUUCUUGAUAAUUAGGUUGAAGACAGAACCAUGUGAUGGCUCGAGCUCAUUUCUUGACUAGACCACAUCCAAGGGCCUCUUGACGACCGGCUUCUUGCAUAAGGGGAUUUCUAUCUUGUAAAUCAUUACAUAUAUAAAUACAAACAUGUUUAGGUUCACAAGCAACUCAAACCUUCACAUCCUUGAGAAUCAAAAUUCCUCUGUGCAAUAAGUCUGCUUAGAUUUCUUUUCCUUGCUCAUCCAUUUGAAAUAAUGGGUUUCCGUUUGUCUGCUAUUAUACGUGCUAAGCAAAUGCUUCAGCUAUCACCAUCAGCUUCAAGUGUGCCAAAGGGCUGCCUGGCAGUUUAUGUUGGAGAAACACAAAAGAAGAGGUUUGUAAUUCCAGUAUCAUACUUGAACCAAGCUAUAUUUCAAGACUUGCUAAGUCAAGCUGAAGAAAAAUUCGGCUAUGAUCAUCCAAUGGGCGGUCUCACUAUUCCAUGCAGAGAAGAGAUUUUCAUGGAUGUCAUUUCUUGCUUAAGUUACUCAUAAAAGCAGAGGGUAAGAUAGAUCAACUCUAACACAGUUCUGUAAAGAAGACACUUAUGAGUACCAUGUACAGAGCUUUUCUCGGAUACCUUUUUUCUUCAAGGAAAUGAACAUGCUUCACAGCAUUAUUGCUGUUUUGUCAAAUUGUAUUUCAAUUUAGAAAGCACAAGCAUUAAUCAAUGAGUACCUUUUCUCAUA